AUGCUCACCCUGACGCCAACAGUCGUUUCGUUAAUAGUACUAUGGGGGACAUGGUUUCACUGUAUAUCCGGCGUGCUUGCGGCCAAGGCGGAUGAUUGGCGGACACGUUCGGUUUAUCAGGUCGUCACAGAUAGAUUCGCCCCUCCAUCCAAUGUUAGCACUCUCCCGCCCUGCAACACGGAUGAUCGCAAGUAUUGUGGUGGCACCUUCCUCGGCCUUAGAGACCACCUCGACUACAUUCAAACCUUGGGCUUCGACGCUGUGUCAAUCUCGCCACCCUUUACGAGCGUGCAAGGAAAGACGCUUUAUGGAGAGGGAUACCUUGGAGAAUGGCCCCAGGAUCUGACGAGCAUCGAAUCCCACUUUGGCACCGACAACGACCUCAUCGCGCUCAGCAAGGCGCUCCACGACCGCGGCAUGUACCUCCUCCUCGACAUCGUCAUCAACCACCUCGUACCACCCACGCCGUUCAACGUCACCUCGUUCACUAAAUCCAACGGGACGACGCAGCUUUUGCACAACACCAUUGCGGCGAAGCCGUUCUCUGACCCGGAGCAGUUCCACGAUCUCUGUUUUAUCGGGAACGUCACCUCGAAUCAGACGACUAUCGAGAACUGCUGGCUCGGGGACGCGUCGCUCCCGUACGCGGAUCUGAACACGGAGAACAGCGAGGUGGUGCAUGUGCUCAAUGACUGGAUUGCGGGUGUGGUGGCAAAGUACAGCGUGGAUGGGCUCAAACUGUCGAUGGCGAAGAAUAUCCCGAUUGAUUUCUGGAAGGCGUUCACGAAUAUCGCUGGUGUUUUCGCCCUCGGCGAAGUCGUCACCGGUGACCCCAACUACACCAAGAACUACACAGAGGGAAUGGACGCAGUGAUGGACUACCCUGUCUGGUUUACGGUGGUGGAUGCCUUCCGUUCUCCCCAAGGGAAUCUAUCCGCACUCUAUGACGUCGUCGCACAGUCACAAAAGCUGUAUAGCAAGAGCGGUUUCGUUGCCGGAUCCUUCACGGAGAACCGCCACGAGGCAAGGUUUCCUUCCCGAACACAGGACCUCUCUCUGGUGCUGAACGCGCUGACGUGGCCGUUCAUUCAUGAUGGGAUACCUAUUAUUUACUAUGGUCAAGAGCAAGGUUUUGCAGGCGGUGGACCGCCAGGGAACCACGAACCGUUCUGGCUUUCCGGGAAUAAUACAGCGAAUCCGUUCUACCGCCUGGUCAGAUCUAUGAAUGCAGCCCGCCAUGCAGCCAUGAAGUCCACUACGUCAUAUUUCCUGACGACCCCCAUGAAAUUCGUCGAGACGCACACCAACAGCACACUCGCCGUCUCAAAACCGCCCCUCCUCUCGCUGCUCACCAACGCCGGCUCGGGCGACUCGACGCACCCGGGCGGCGCAUCGUGGAACGUGACGACGCCGCUGUACAAGGCGGGGCAGGAGCUCAUCGAGGUGUUCAGCUGCCGCAUCGUGCAGGCGAACGACGGCGGCGGCGUCAAUCUCACGUCGCUCGGCGGGAUGCCGCAGGUGUUGCUGCCGGCGACGAUUCUGCGCGCGCACAAGGACGCGGGGAUAUGUCGGGAGACGACGGAGCAUAGCGGGGCGCCGUCUGUGCGGUUUGGUGUUGGGGGGAUGCGGCUGGUUUGGGGGGCUGUUGUCCUUUUGGUUGCGGUGGUGUCUUUUGUCUGA